GUAAAUGUCGGUCAACUCUUUCUCCCUUGAAUACCAGGGAACUUUCCACAAUCUUCUGCUUUUCGUAUAACAAGCGACCAUAUAAAAAAAGGCAGUUACUCGAAGCGUUAACCUGACGCAGAUAUUCACCUCAAGGUCGGCCGAAACAACAUAUUUACCAACUCGUCCCGCGCCGCCAAGCUGAAAACUAGGGCAGGGACUAUCUUGAGAGAGCAUCGAGGGCACAGUUUCCUUGCCGAAAAACGGCAAGAGAUCUUCGACGACAAAGUUUACCACAUGCUCUUAAGUCACAGGCCUUGCUACAUAUUUCUUUCCAACUUUCUGUUCUGCUCAGAUUCGUUUGAUACCUAAUCUUGACGGAACGGUAGUAGCAACAUCGCCAGGCAUUGUGUCGCUGUGCUCAUCCCGAUUGCGUUGUGGACUACAAGAAAGGCCAAAGAGGCUCACUAUCUGCUGGCCGCGAUGGCUCUGGAUUUUCCCUGGAUUUAUCCUGUUCGGGUUGUUCAAGUGAUUUUUGCGAUCAUCAACCUUGGUUUGACCGCAUACAUUGUCAGCGUGUACAAUAAUGACACCGUCAAUUUCAUGCUUUUUAAUAGCAUUUGGACGGCUUUCUUCGCAACUCCGUACCUCGCCAUUGCACCUGUGCACUUCCCCCAAAUCGCACAUCGCUUCGUUAUACCAGCCGUAGAAGCGAUCACCAUGGUUUUCUGGUUUGCAGGGUUUAUUGCCUUGGGUGUUCUGCUUCCUGCUCCUAGGUUCUGUCACUGGAGCGCCUGCAACUGUGCUCAGGCAGCCACGGUAUUUGGAGCAUUCGAGUGGGCUUUGUUUGCGGUCACGACAGUAGUGGCUGUUCUCGGUGCUUUGCGUACCAGGUCAAGCACUAGUACGAAGCCUGCCCCUCAAACUGCUGCUCACGUUGGCGUCUAAGCGGAAUAAUAGCGGUGGUGCCGUGAGCUGCCUCCAAGCGAUUAGAACCAGUUUCCGGGUGAUAGUAUGUUAUGAAGCUCAGCAUUGCGUGUUACAUCAUAUAUGUUACGAUAUCUGCGCUAACCGCGGUCGAUUCGAUUCAAUGAUAAUGUUCAUAAUGAAAGGAGUGCCGAAGCAUGAAGAAAGCCAAAGGGAACCCGAUAACUUAACGAGAACAGGCUCCAGUGGUUUUGCGAUAGUCUAUCCUAAUAUGUCUUGCAACUUGAAGGGUUUACCUCUGAUGGCUUGCGUUUGAGUCUUUCGAGUUGUCAUUGAUUUUGAGUGGAUACCCCUUUAGUUUACCCAUGUAUAUAAUUAGAUGUGGAGCUCAUUGGGACGAAUUAAUACCUAUGUACGUGUCUAUGCGUGGUCAAUGUAUGAUCUUUAUUCCA